AUGAACGAGGAGCUUAGACAUCACGACUGGAGUCCAAUGUACGAAAUGAAAAAUUUUAACGAAGCAUGGCUUUAUUUGAAGAAUACACUUCUUAACGUAUUUAACAAACACGCACCGAUAAUUGAGAAUAGGGUCAAGGGUCAAAUCUGCCCAUGGAUUGACAACAACAUCAGAUAUCUCAUGACAGAGAGAGAUAAAGCCCGUAGAAAAGCCCGUAGGACAAACGUAGCAGCAGAUUGGAAAGCAUACAAAAAAAUUCGCAACAAAUGUACCACUGACUUACGAAAAGCUAAAGGUAACUACAGUAGGGAUCUGUUAAGUCGAAACUCAAGAAAUCCAAAAAAGUUUUGGGACACUAUAAAAAUCAUAAUACCCACCAAGAUGAGAAAAGUUACUAAUGAUGCAACUACAACUACCAAUAAAUUCGAAAAAGAAAAUACAUUAUGUUCAUUUUUCUCUAACAUGGCACAUCGGUUAAAAUUAAAAUCUAUUUACCUAAAAGAUUUUAUCUGGAAAAAACCAAAACAGUCACUUUUAAGAACAUCUGCGACGUUAUUUACUGAUAACAGCAGAAAAGAGCUUGAUAAAGGAAAUUUAGUUGGUGCAAUCUUCAUUGAUUUGUCGAAAGCUUUUGACACUGUUUCACAUAGCAUCUUGCUUAAAAAGCUUUGCGCAUAUGGUGUUUGUGGCAAAGAGGUGGUUAUUGAUAACAUGAGAUUUACCACUGAGAAUGUAAAAUGCGGAGUCCCUCGGGGAUCUAUUUUAGGACCGCUUUUAUUUUUAAUUUUCUCCAAUAAUUUUGAGACCUCGCUUAAUAGAGCACGUACUAUCCAAUUCGCUGACGACACAGUGGUUUAUAUUGCUGGAAGAAAUGUAAAUUAUAUCGAAGAUAUUUUGAACUCAGAAUUAAAAAAUAUCGAACAGUACCUAAUCGAUAAUGAUCUUGUGAUUAACUUAAAAAGAGGAAAAACGGAAGCAAUGUUAUUCGGAACCGGAAAAAAGUUGAAUUCAGUAUCCCACAAGCUCAAGCUAUUUUACAAUUUUGUGGAAGUCAACACGACAAGCCAGUAUAAAUAUUUAGCUUCGACUCUGGAGUCAAAACUAUCCAUGCAGGUGAAUUUUGACACAGCCUACAAGAAAGCUUCAACAAGACUUCGUCUCCUAUCAGCAUUGAGAUCGCAAAUUGAUGACAACACUGCUACUAUCAUUUACAACAUGAUGAUACUACCUCUUAUCAAGUUUAACAGUAUCAUCAACCUUGAAUUUACAAAUACACAACAGAAAAGGCUUGUGUCUCUGGACAACAUAUCGAAAAAUGUCGCAAAAAAUGUAAACGUUUUACAACAAUCAAAACUUCAACAGUUACUUCGAGUUGAUGAAUCACGAAAGGGUUUCACGCAACAAGCAGUUAUCAUUACGCUUGCCAGACGUAAAUGCGAAAGUGCUUUUUAUUACAUGGGUGCUGAUACAUACAACAAGUUGUCAUUAGAUAUUAGAAAAGAAAAAUGUUAUCUAUUUUUUUAA